CCUUUCCCGUGGCGGCGGGCGCAUGGCGGGGCCCGGCGGAGCGGGGGCUCCGGGAGCGUCCCGGGAGCUGCUGGACGUGGGACGGCGGGCAGGGCUGGAAGACAUUUUGCUGAUUAAUUCAAAAUGUAGCAGCAAGAAGGCCACGACUUUACAGACAGUCAGGAUGCCAAGGAGCAGUGUUUUGGACCGAGUACAGAGCUUUUUACCACAGAUGGCCCAGGCAAAUGAUGAGCUCAAAAGAAAAAUGAUAACAGCACCAGCUCAUCAAUUUGAUAUUGAAAAUCUAGACAGUGCGACAGAAAAAGUUAUAGAAAUGAAUGUGGCUGUAGUUGAACUGAGUGAUUCUGAUACAGAUGAGGAGAUGCUAACUUCAGAAUAUGACUCAGAAUCUGAAGAUGACUCUGUCAGCGAUGAAGUGACAAUAGACAACAUUAAGUUUCCUAAGCAAAAGGGAGAAAAGGGCAAAAUAGAAAUUUUGGACAGCAAAGUGAAUGAGUAAAUCCAUUUUAUUUUACUUUAAAAAAACCCAACCAAACCAACUCAUGUCUUCUCACUUUGAAGACUUGACCCUUAAAACUAUUUUGUUUCCCAGUGUAGCAUCUCUCAGGAUUGUGUGAAAUGCUAUAGUUUAUGUGGUGAAUUCAGGAUCAACUCAUGACUGAAGGAGGCUGGGUUUCUGAAGAUUUAAGUACGAUUUGAUUCAUCCAAAAACAUGGACAUGGACUUUGUAGUAGAUUAGACUGAGAAAGCAGCUGGAAUAAGGAUCACUUGAAGGAAUUAAGUUAAAAUUCUUGUUCUGUUGCUUCGUUGAAAAGGGCUUUUUUUAUAGUAUGAUAGACAUUUUUACUUCAAGGGCAAGAAAGAGUUAACUAGGAAAAAAGCUUUGUUUUUAUAUUGUUAUGUACAAUGUCUUCCAUAUUAAACAUUAUCUUAAAGUACCUCAGAGGUAUGUCUACAUUGCAUUCAUGACAAUGACUGCUGAACACCAGAGCAGUGGCUGAGGUCCUUUCCAGCUGGGCUAGCAUGGGUAAGGACAGCCAUGGCAGAGGAUUACUUACUCUCUUCCUGCAUUGAGCUCUGCACCUUUAUGGGAAUGUUACAAGCUCACAUGUGAAACAUUCGUGGCUGUGCAAAUAACCUCCAUAUUCAAAUGGUCCACUGUGCCUCUGGGGUGUUACAGUUGCUUUAAGUUACACUUUUCAUCCCCUGCUUUCCCUGCUACAUUUCCAUUCUCUUCAUUUGGUUAACCACUGUCACUGUCAGAAUGUUAAAAAGGUGAAUUUUCAGCUGGCCUGUACUUAGGUUAGCUUGAAACAAUUGUGAAACUAGGAUCAGUGAGUCUCAUUCAUACUUACCUCAGAUGGAUCAAGUACAAUGAUUUGGGCUGCUGUAUUUACUUCAUAGAUUGGUUUGCAUUUCAGAAGUGUCUGUCAUGCUGGAUGUCAUUGUUUCUUAAAGAAACUUUGUAUUUUCUACACCAUUAAAGUAAAAUUUUCUAUAUUUGUAUUUGCUCAAGUAUUAAACUUAAUGUCAUGAAA